AUACUUGAUGGUAGAGGUAUAUUCUGAUUUUGAAAUGAAACAUUAUUUUAUCCUAAUUUGAAAUAAGUUUUUCUGAAUCAUGGAGGAAAAACCUUUUUCUUGUCCAAUUGCAGAAUGUGAUAUGUCAUUCACAAAUGAGGAUCAUCUUUCUGUCCAUAAGAAAAAACAUGAACUUUGUCUGACAUUGACACCAACAACAGCUGGAUUCAAAACAAUGUUUGUUGAUGAAACCCCUACUCCAACUAGAUUUUUGAAUGAAAUCUUGCAUGGAUACCCCGAUAAUCCUUUUGAAGACACAUUUCGAAAAGCCAAUUCAAAUGGUGCUAAUCAUACACUUAAUAUACCAGAUUCAAGUUCAUUAAUUGCAAGUCUGCCAGACUCGGAAGUUUUGAAUACACCAUCUAUUACUCUACCUAGUGAACCAUCAACACCAAUAACAUUAAAAACUAACUUUCCAAAAAAAGCCUCUGCGAAAGACAAUCAGUUAUGUUCUGAAAAUGCAGACACUUUGCCAUUUUCUCCAGAAGAACAAAGCAGCCAAGAACUUUCUCAGCAGUCUGUUCACAAUCCAUUGUGUGCAGAAGAGGAAAACUUUAUUAUGCUUUCAGCAGAUAAUAUUGUUUAUUCUGAAAACAGUUCUACAAAUGGCCAUAAACAGAAAAAUAGCAAGCAAACUGUAGUGCAAACUCCUGUCAUCACAUCUGUGGGUAAUUCAGCAGUAUUGAAGACAAGCUCUAUUGGUGUACCAACAGCAGUUGUGGUGAAUCAUCCUUCUAUAAGUAAUGCAUCCACAUUAUCAUCAAGUCAAGUACCAAUCAAUCAUCCUGCUCAAGUCAAAGUGCCCACAGAGCCUGUACAACAACCUGUUGUUCAGUCUGUUUGUGUUACUCCUAUGGUGCAACUCAUCAUUCGACUACCGGAUGGUCAAACUAUGCCUGUUCAGAUACCCAUGAUGGCUUCCACUGCUACAACAAGUACUCAAAAAGCACAGCUAAUUGCUCCAGCUCAACAAGUGCAACAAGUUAAUUCUACAACAUCAUCUGUAACUAAAAUGAAACUGAAAGAGAUCAUUGAAAUGAAUCAAAAAUCACCUGCAUCUAAGAAAGACACUUCGAAAGUAAAAUCUCAACAAAGGCAUCAAAUUCAUGACUAUACAGACUCAUUAGAUGGAUUUGGUUUGAACCUCUCUCCUCCCUCAUCUCCUCAGCCAUCACCAAGACCUGGUGAACAUGGACGCAAACGUAGAGAUGUUAAUAGUGAUCCAGACGAGAAGCGAAAGAAAUCUCUUGAAAGAAACAGGGCUGCUGCAAUCAGGUGUAGAGAGAAACGAAAACAGUGGAUUACCAAUCUGGAAAAAAAAGCUGAUGAACUUGCUCGUACUAAUACUCAGUUACAGCAUGAAGUUACAACACUGAGAAAUGAAGUUGCUCACUUAAAAACUAUGCUUUUGGCUCACAAAGAUUGUCCUGUAACACUCCAACAGAAAGCUUCUGGUUAUGAGGCUGAUAGAGAUAAUUUUACUACCAUCCGCAUCAUCACAUCUGUCCCAGAGGAUGUACAGAGGGUGCCAAACAACUCCGUCAUUUCACCAUUAAAUGUAGAAUUCAUGGAGAUGGACGUAAAUUCGGUACAAAGCAGCAGUGACGCAUCUUUCACUUCCGAUGCAAGUGAGGCGUCCUAUCGAGAACGGUAGUAGUGGGGAAAUAAUUCAUUUCAAUGCAUCUGUGUAACGCAUAUCUCAAAAAUUGUGUUGACAUAUUUUAAAAAUGAGUUACCAUGGUGAAUUUUUCAUUGCAUUUUGUACAGUAUUUUUUAUUUUUGAUUAUGAGGGUGGAUAUGACUUUUUCUUUAAUGUAUACCUGAUAGUUUUAAAAAGAGGAAUGAAUGUGCCUUUUUUACCUUUUCAAAUGUAAACAAAAAAAAUUAGCUUUGUUUUUAAUGUGGAAAAGAAAUGAGGCUACAUGAUGAUUUUGGUGUAAUGAUGUGUUUCUGUAUAUAGGUUUGAGAGUGAAAGAAAUUAAAAUAAUCCUGAAAUACAUAAUAAAUUAUCUGGUUUAUGGGUAUUAAUGGAAAUGAAUAAGCUUUUCUAUUAUGUUUCUUAAGUUUUUUCUGAUAUUGGGUCUUUACAUUUCCUGAAUGUAAAAUUGUUGAUUGAUUGCUAAUCAUAGCAUUUAAAAUUUAAAUAAUGAAAGUUUGAUUUGCAUUUUGGUUGAAAAACUUGAUACUGACAGUAAAAGUGACAGUUAUCUACAAAUCAUAAUGAAGUCAAUAAUAUUUUCAAUGGCGACAAUGUUUAGUGUUACAGCUAAUAAAUUAUCUUCAUCCCGUGCUUAUUUCAUGCUCCAAAUCUCUGCAUGUAUUAUAAAAGUGUUUAUAAUUGAGUGUUUAAAACAACGCCCCUUUAAUACUUAAUGCCUGUCGUUUUCUUGCUUCUAACAGAGCAAAAGUGAGCCCAAGUUGAGGGGAAAAGGAGAAGUAAAUGUUGGUACACCUGCCACUGUCACCUAACAAAUGGUAUUAAAAAUUAAUAGGCAGUUUAAUUAAGGCAGUGAGAAGCAAAGGGAUGUAAGUGGACAUUUUCAAGUUUUGAGUUAAAAUGGGUUUAAAGAUAUGGUCAUAGGUAGGCUUUUAUUGAAAGGUUUUUCUAAAUCAUGCUGUAUAACAGCACCUACCAGGACUACUAGUACUGUCUCUUUCCUCAAGACAGAGAAGAGGUUCACUUACCAUGUGUACUGGUAGUCUCCAAAUUUUUAAUUUUGUGUCUCAAUUGGUUAAUUUCUAAAUUUAAAUUUUGAAGUUAACCAAUUAACAGUUUGAUUUGAAUUGUUUGGAUUCAUUGCCAUAGCAAUGCCAUCCUUGUAUUACCGACAGGUAGCUUGAAAGGUGUAUCGAAAGUCAACGCAGUCAUAUGACAAAAGUACACUUUUUGAGGCAAAUGCAUUAGGCAUUUAGUUUUAAGGGGGCAUUGGUUUAAAGGGGUUAGAAGCUAUGCUACUUUCCUCUUUUGUGAAAACAGUGAAACACACACCCUUGGUUCUUAUACAAAAGGCCUUAUCAUUAUGUACAUAAUGCUGUCAUACAUUUCCUGUGGGAGCUGCAAAUCUUGAACUUAACUGCUGAGCAGUAGAAUGUGUUUUCUGUUAAGUACUUACUGGUAAUUUGUUAACAAUCUUUUCCAAGUCUCACGACAACAGUUUCAACAUUCUAAAAAUGGUUUUUUAGCAUUAGAGACUCAGUCUCAAAAUAUUACCAUAGUUUACUGCUUCCAUUAUUAUGUGUCCUGCUUCUAACCACUGAAAAUUCAGUGAUUCCUCUUUAAAUAUUUAGUUAUUUAAAUAUUAGUUAGAUCAGAUUUUCAGUUUACAUAAAAGAUGACAAGCUUUUUGUUUUUGCAUUGCAAAAGCUGAUCGAGACAUUAUGUUUCAUGCUGUUCUGCAAAUAGAUCCCAUUUAUUGGGCACUUCGUGGAGUACCAUCCUUUCUGUUUACGUAAAGAUUAUUAUGAGCCUGAUUGCUAUGCUAUUAGUUUCAAUUCUACCAUUAUUUCUGAAAUAAUUAUUGAAAGGAUGUUUAAUAAAUUCCAAUAGUUGCCAUUGGAUUCUAAGCAUAAGCAAUCUCUUGCCACUGUUUUGCAUGUGUAAAAACUGAUCAGCGAAAAACUUAUUAAUGUUUAUGAAUUAAAAAAUUUAUUCUACAACCCAAAAGACCGAGUUCUUCCCCAUAAAGUAGAUCAUGUUAUUUUAAGAAUUGCUUAUCUACGUUAUAAAAUAUUGAAGGAAUUUUUCACUAAACUAGUCCUCUAAUUUACAGGGUGUUUCAAAAAAGAAUGAUCCGAUUUGAAAUGCAUAUACAAUGAAAACUUUAAAAUAGACACUUCAGAAUAAUUUUAAAAUUAAUAAAUAAUCAAGUUUUUGUACAUUAAAGGUUCUCUAUCUGUCCACCUAUGGAUGCACGGCAUAUGUCUACACGGUAGCCCAAUACUUCUGCAAUCAUGUCUGCAUCAACUGCUGCUGUUAUGUGUGGCUUCAGUUCGUUUUUACAACGCCGUGAAACUCUAGAUUUUCCCCUUCCUAAUGAUACCUUAUUUGAUGAUAUGGAUUAAAAUCUGAAUAGUUAUAAUUUUUUUGAAAUUGGGUCAUUUUUUUAAAACACCCUGUAUAUUAAUGUUGGUAGACAAGUGAAGUUAAUUUCACUUUUAUAAAAUGAAUGUGUGUUUUAAUUAUGAAGUUGAUUUUAUUAACUGUUAAGUGUUACACUGUGCCAAGAUGAACGGCAAUCUAUUUUUCGUAAGAUUUUUUUUUUUAUUGGUCUGAAUUUGUUAAAAUGUUAAUGAAAUAUCUAUUUAAAGUUAAUUUAAAUCUUGCUCAUGAUCAUUUAACCAAGUUGUUUCAAAUUGAAAAAUGUGAUGAGAAUUCUCUCAAUCAGUUUCCAGGCUGAAUUAAAUUUGUCUAGGGGUGGGGGGUUCACUUUUUCUAACAAAAGAUAAUGAUUAUCUUAAUAUUUGAAAUCGAUUGAAUCCUGAAAAUCUAUCUGUGAAGUAUAGUUCAUAUGUAUAUAUCAUUUCAUACAAUCAGUAUUUCUUUUUAAGAGUAACAUAUGUAAAUUUCUCUUGAAUGUAUUUUUUUCCUGUGUGUUUUAAAUUUGUUAUUUAAAAUGACAGUAUGAGGAGAUGGAAAUCUAUUGUAAAUAUAUAGGAAAUGAAAUAAGAUGUUGUAAUGCCAAUACCAUGCAUCAGUUGGAGAACAAAAUAUGCCAUGUUGGAUUUAUAUGAAUGUCACCAUAAUACUUAUUUCUUGCCAUAAUUCUAUGCAAAGACUUGUAAUUAAAAUCAUAGUAGAAACUCUAUAGUGACUUAACUACAAUCUUGAACUUUAUUACAAUUCUAACUUAUUUAACGUUGAAAUGUUUUUAAGGGUAUAUUUCAAGUUUUCCCUUCUUGGUCAAGCAUUUACUUAUUCAUUUGUUUGUAAUACAAGGAUGAAAACUUAUAGUAUAGAAUUUCUAAUGUAAAACAUACCUUUGUUUGGAAGGUAUUGAAUACUUGAGCUUUUUCUUUUUAAUAAAAUAUUUGAAUUGAUCAGGCAAGGCAAAGUUUGUAUUGCAGUUGCGAUAAUACAUAUACUGUUUUUUUCUUUCUCGUUUUGAAUAGCAAAUAUAAUAACCCUGGCUUGUAUAUUAUUUUUCUGUUAAAGACUAGACAGAAUGAUUUAGAAGGAAAAAUUUGAUAAUUGCUCUUGAAAGUUUUUGAUAAAUAUAUUUUGAUAUUCUGUUCUCUAUUUUUCACUGUUUUGUAAAGUACCUGUUUUCAGCAAUAAUAUUUCAAUUUGUAAAUUUUUAUCUUUAUUAAACUGUUC